GAUGGCGAAGUGUAAAACCGACUGCAUCGAAAGGCCUCUGUCUCUGGCCUUUCAAAAGCUUGGUAGUGUUGUUGGUAGAUAUCCAUAUGUGUUUCUUUUAUUACCUUUAUGUGCAGCUGCUGCCCUUGGAGCUGGUUUUAUCUUUCUUCAGGAGAGGGAGGCAAAUGAUAUUGAAGAGCAGUUCACGCCCGUCAAUGGACCUGCCAAGCUGGAGAGGGCGAUUGUGGAGAAAAAUUUCCCACCGUCUGAAGAGUUUUCUCAGUUACGGCUCACGUCCGACGGCACCUAUGCCUCUUUGAUCAUCACAGGCUUGCAUGGAGAAAAUGUAUUAACCGAAGCAGCCUUUAACGACAUUUUAGAGUUAGACAGACAAGUGAAAAAUAUAUCGACAGGAAACACUUUUGAAAAUCUUUGUGCCAAAACAAAGGGAAACUGCAUGUCAAAUCUAAUUUUAGACAUUAUAAAUUACAAUGCUACUGAAAUCAUUUCUUCAGCCAUAACUUAUCCGAUGAAUAACGGCACGUUUUUGGGACCAAGUAUUGGCGGUGUAGAGCUAAAGCCGGAUAGCUCAGAGAUAUCCAGUGCAAAAGCAGUCCGGCUUUUUUAUUUCCUAGACCAGGAGAAAACAAUGGAAAACUCUGAAUGGCUUGAUGGCUUUCUAAAACUCCUCUCAAGCUAUACAAAACAGAAAACGGUCCAUGUGUCUUAUUUUACAUCGAUAUCAAGACAGCAUGAGUUUGAGAACAAUUCCGACUCUGUGAUCCCCCUCUUCUCUGUUACGUAUUUCCUGGCCAUUACCAUUUCAAUUCUGUCUUGUCUGAGGUUAGACUGUGUCAGGACGAAGGUGUGGGUGGCCGCAUUCGGCGUCGUUUCCGCCGGCUUGGCGGUGUUGGCCAGCUUCGGACUGCUGCUGUUCUGUGGGAUGCCGUUCGCCAUGACCGUGGCCACAGCCCCCUUUCUGAUUCUCGGUGUCGGUGUUGAUGACAUGUUCAUAAUGAUCUCCUGCUGGCAGAAGACUGAAGUUGAUAAAGCCUUUGAGCUUCGCCUAGCAGAAACGUAUAAGGAGGCCGGCGUGUCCAUCACGAUCACCACCCUGACGGAUGUGCUGGCUUUCUACAUCGGCCUGCUGACGCCGUUCCGCUCGGUUCAGUCUUUCUGCAUGUACACCAGCACAGCCCUUCUGUUCUGCUACAUCUUCAACAUCACCUUCUUCGGCGCGUGUCUCGCGUUCAAUGGGAGACGAGAGAGAAGCAACAGACACUGGCUGACCUGCAUGAGAGUCCCAGAAGCCAGUGGUGAUGGUAAAGGUUGUUGUGUUGGUGGAGCUUUUGAUGAAAACACACGUAAGGAGUUUGAAAUGCCAGUGGAUUCAUUCUUUAAAAACUAUUACGGCCCUUUUCUGACAAGAGUGUGGGUUAAGGUGCUUGUGUGUCUGAUCUAUGCCGGGUAUUUGGCGGUCAGUAUCUACGGCUGCUUCCAAAUACAGGAAGGUCUAGAUCUCAAACAUUUAGCAGCAGACGGCUCAUAUGUUGGUGACUACUAUGACAAUGAGGAUGAAUUCUUCUCUGAUUUUGGUCCCAAUGUCAUGUUAGUUAUAAAGGAUGAGCAUUUCCAGUACUGGAACCCAACUGCUCGUAAAAGUCUUGACUCGUGUUUGGAACAUUUUCAAAAUCUGACAAUGGCAGAUCCAGACAUUCCACCUAUUUCUUGGCUUCAUGUAUACGUGCAGUUUGGGCUAAAUGCUGGUUUUGAUGUAGACAAUGAAGCACAAUUCAAAAGCCAUUUAACUGCAUUUCUUAAUUAUUCUGGCUUUAGUCAAGAUGUUAAUUUCACUAACAAUCACAUUCAUGCAUCGCGUAUGUUCGUUCAGACAGUGGACAUCCGGACAGCGAUCGAUGAGAAGAACAUGCUGAAUGCAUUUAGAGAAAUCGCAGGCGAAUGUGGGAAGUUGCAGACGCCUGUCGAUCUGAUUGUGUACCACCCCGCGUUCAUCUAUUUUGACCAAUAUGCCGUCAUCAUCACUAAUACAGUGCAAAAUAUAGUAGUUGCUACAUGUGCGAUGUUAGUCAUUUCACUCCUGCUGAUCCCAAACCCGCUCUGCUCUCUCUGGGUGACGUUUGCCAUCGCAUCUGUCAUUGUGGGAGUGGCCGGUUUCAUGGCUUUAUGGGAUGUUAGUUUAGACUCUGUAUCUAUGAUUAAUCUUGUUAUCUGUAUCGGGUUUUCCGUGGACUUCUCUGCUCACAUAUCCUAUGCUUUUGUGUCAAGUGAAGAAUCCUCAGUGAAUGAUAAAGCCACGGAUGCCAUCACUAAACUGGGCUAUCCCAUCGUUCAGGGAGCUGUGUCCACUAUCGCAGGUGUGGUGGUGCUCGCGGCUGCUAAAAGUUACAUCUUCAGGACCUUCUUCAAAAUCAUGUUCUUAGUCAUUCUGUUUGGGGCCGUCCAUGGCAUCACAUUCAUACCUGUGUUCCUGACCUUCCUCGGCACUUGCGGCCAGACAUGUAGUAACAGUCGUGAUGAGAAUGAAGAAAAUCUGCGCAGAGGCACAAAUGAACCACAAGCAGGAACUGAUAUGAGUAAUUCAUACACCAGACAAGUGGAAGCUCAUAUAGAUCCUGACUGUUACUGAGCUGGUCGUCUGGAGUUCAGUCUUCAUACUAUGUUUUUACAGCUUGUUUGGUUUGUGUUAUUGCUGCUGUGCAAAUGAUCUGUUUCAUGAAUGAAAUUCACUUGAUAAAGAGCUUUACAUUUUAUUCUAAGAAGGUAAAAUAAAGAACAUUUUUCAGAACCUAUUCAUGCAUUAGUAUGUGUAGAAAAUACUUUCAUUAACCUUGACUAAUAAAUGCUGUUAAUUCAUGAUUCCUAAUGCAUUAACUAAUGUUAUUGAAUUAAACCUCCUUGUGAAGUGUAACUGAAUUUUUACAGUUUAGCUCUAUUUGUCACUUUGGUUUGAACAUGCAAGAAUAUACUAUAGCAUAUAGCAAGCAUUCUCUUAUGAUAUACAGUAUGUGCACAUCACAUUUUUGAACAUUAUGUGUGUAAUUUGAUAAAGUUGUUUUCUUAUUCUUUACAGCAGUAUGGAAUUAUUUAGCAAACAUUUUCUUUUUCAUGUGUGUUCCUUUCAAUGCAGUUAUAUUCAGUAUUCUUUUUAACACUCACUGUAAACGCAACUGCAUGUGAAGAGUUCAGAU